AUGUCGCUUAGCAAACCAACUGUUUCCUUGUCCUCAGGUCGUUCCGCAGAAGUCCAAGCCAAGAUUGCUAAAAAUCGGAUGAAGGCCUUGGAGAAGAGAGUGGCAUUUCUCGAAAAGGAGAGCACCGAGCUUAAGAAUCUACGGAUCAAACUGAAGAUCGCUAAAAGCCGGGGAAAUGCUUUGGAAAGAAGGCUUAACUUGAUCUCCCAGGAUAAUGACAUAUUAGCCCAGGAUAAUGACACAUUAGCCCAGGAUAAUGACACAUUAGAAGGAGGAAUAGAUGCCCUCCAGGCCGAAGUAGCCCGAAAAGAUCUGGAGAUCGCCAGGCGAGAUGCGGAACUAGCAUGGUUUAAUUGGAAUGAAGAGGUUCGGGAGGAGAGCCGUAUUUGCCAACUCUGCCUCCAGGAAUAUAGCCAUGAAGCCAAUAUUCCAAAAGUCAUAGCCUGCGGCCACAUCUGCUGUCACAACUGCUUGGCUCAGGUGACUGAGGAAAUCAAUGGGGUGGUGGUGGCCAGGUGUUGGAUAUGCCGACGGUAUACAAAAAAGCCUCAGGACCGUGAUUUCGCCACAGCCUUUAUUGUACUUCCCCGUCUUUUGCCACGGCCACCAGCAUUUGUUCAACUUUAG